AUGCAAGCUUCGACAAAACCUGAUGCAACUCCAAUUGGAUCUAGCAACGGAUUUAAGCUGGAGUAUAUAGCACCAGAUGUGGAUUCAAAGCUAGUCGAGAUUGAAUUGGAGGACAUUAGCUCUGAAAGUGACCAUUGGAGGAAUUCGGUGGUGUGUUAUGUGAUGGGAACUUAUCCUCCGUUUAGUGUGAUGAAAGGAUAUGUCCAGAGGCUAUGGACUAAGUAUGGCAUCAACAAAAUCUCUAUGUUAAGGAAUGAGAUUGUACUUGUGAGGUUUAAUCAUGAGGAUGGGAAGAAUGCUGCUAUAGAAAAGGGCAUUUAUCACUUCGAUAACAAGCCUUUUAUUGUCAAGGCUUGGAGCCCUGAUAGGGAAUUUACUAGAGAGGAGCUUCAAACCGUUCCUAUUUGGAUUAAAUUUCCUGGUUUAGACUUCAAAUAUUGGAGUCCCAAGAGCUUAAGCAAGUUAGGGAGUCUGGUCGGAAAACCACUAAUGGUGGAUCAAAGUACUGAGAAAAAAUUGGGUCUGAAUUUUACCAGGCUACUGGUGGAAGUUAGUACGGAUGCCACCCUGCUAGAUUCUGUUGUUUUAAAAAAUGAGAAGGGCCAACUGAUUAGGCAGAAGGUGCAAUAUGAUUGUAAGCCAAUUUUAUGUAAACAUUACGAUAAGUAUGGUCAUUCGGAAGAAAAUUGUAGGAAGAAGCAAACUUCUAAAGUUAUACCAGUUAUUUCAAAUAACGCAGAUCAAGGUCAGGGUGAUCCAAAAGUGCAAGUAGAUGUUGCUAAAAUGAAGCAGCAGGAUGACACGUAUAAAAUUGGGAAUGGUAAGAUUCCUCCUGUUCCUACUCCGAAUGAUGGGACUGUAUGGGUUACACCUCAACACAGAGGUCGGCAGAGGCAAGAGAUUAAUAACCAGAUUGAGAGUGAAAACAAAUUUGAGGUGCUACAAAGAAUGAGUCCUGGCAAGAAUGACGUAAUCAAGUCAGCUUCAAUGGAAAAUGACUCACCUCAUUCCCAACUAGGAAAUGGUUAA